AACAACACGGGAGACUUUUAUUUUGAAGACUCAUGAAUUGUCGUCACACAAUAAAAUGUUUAACUAACGUUACCAGCCUCCAAAUUAGCUAGCUACCCACCCAACGUUAACAUACGGUCGUAGCAGCAGCUUGGUUUGCUGAUGAAAUGGAUUCAAAAACGCAAGGUCUCAAUCUCCCUCUAUCCUCCUUGUGUCUCCUGGUUCCACCAAUACGCUUGAUGUCAGCAUCUAUGUGGCAAGUGGCUGAGCAGCGUAAUGUGAUGCAGUAUGGGAAGCUGGAGGAAUUUGUGACUUUGGUGACAGAGAUGGUCCCAGAGCUGCUGAGCUCCAGGCAGAGGACCCAACUCAUCCUGGGACUGAGAGCAAGGCUGGUUCUUGAGUUGUGCUGUGGUAAAGAGGACAUGGUGGACCAUCAAGCCAUCCAACGCCACUUGGAUAGAAUCCAGUCAUGCACAGUAAAGCACAAAGCGAGAGAAAACAAGAAAGUGGAGGCAUCAAAGUCUAACUUUGGGGAGCUGGUUCAAACCUUGCUGGAAGACCCAGCGAAGAGGGAACACUUUUUUCAGGAGGUGUUCCCAGUGCAGUACGGUACUAAGUAUGACACAGCACUGCAGAUUCUGGUGUGGGAGUUCUUCUCCAGAUUGGAGGAGCUGCUGCCGGUGCCCAGCUUUACACAGACAGCAUCUUGUCUCAGCCUUGCAUUCUCUGACCUGGAGGAGUGUGUUCAGUCUGUCUCUGACCCUGAGCACUUGAAGACACUGCUACAGCAUCAAAGACACCUGGGACACCUUAACAGAGAUAAUUUGUUCUACGACAAUGACACCAUCCUGUCUGCUCUGUCCCUCACUUCCUUGGUAAACUCGAAACAAACUUCAGUGGAGGCUCGAGGUCAUGACACUAGGAAGAAAGAACAGGAGGGUAGAGAAGAGUGGCGACCAGAAAUCAGUUACAAUGGAACUGAUCAGGACGUUGAACGACUUGAAGAGGCUGGUGAAUCCAGUUCUGGACAGCAGAAACCAGGAUCAUCACUACACGCUCGUCCAGUGGCCAUAGAUGAACCGGAUAGUGACAUGCCCUCCCAGGUCUUCUCCUGCCCCCAGUGCCCAUUCUCCCACAGGAGAGAGGUGAACCUUCAGCAGCACAUCAGGAAGGAACAUCUAACAGAGGACAGCAGGAACCUGGACUCUGGAGGAGCUGAAAACUCACUGCCGUCCAGUCAAACAAUACAGAGACCCUCAAUCAAGACAACCAAGAAGUACAUCUGCUUUAAAUGUGGAAAGGGUUUCAGAAGCCCGUCGGACCUGAAACGACAUAAGGGUGUUCACACAGACAUGCAGCCGUUCCAUUGCAACCAGUGUGAUAAAAGAUUCAAAGCGAAGGGUAGUCUAAAACAGCACCAACGAGUUCACUCAGGAGAAAGGCCUUAUGAUUGCUCACAUUGCGGCAGGGGGUUUAGGACAUCGGAUAUCUUAAAAUCUCAUAUACGCAUUCAUACUGGGGAGCGACCUUAUGGGUGUACAAUAUGUGGGAAGAGAUUUAUUCAACGGCAAGUACUAACAAGACACAUCAGGAUGCACAGUGGAGAGAAACCAUACUUGUGUAGCAUUUGUGGAAAGACCUUUGCUUGCUCAGGGGAACUGAUGGUACACUCAAGGAUCCACACAGGAGAACGACCAUAUCAUUGUGAACAAUGUGGGAAUACUUUUAGUCUAGCAAGUAAACUGAAAGUGCAUCAGCGAAGUCAUACAGGUGAACGCCCAUACCCCUGUACACAGUGCCCCAAAGGCUUUUCCACCUCCACCAGACUAGUGAAACACAUGCGAAUUCAUACUGGGGAGAGACCUUACCCAUGUGUAAAGUGUGGCAAAAGAUUCUCUGAAAGGGGAAACAUGAGAAUACAUCAACGAAUGCAUGAAAAAGAGCGAAAAGGUCGCCAAAUGUAUUGAAAAACCAUAAGCUGUUGAAAUGUUCUUUGGAGAUUCUGCUCUAUAUAGUUCUCUGCUACAUUUUCAGGUGAUUGUGACAUGUUUGUAGAUCUUCUAAUUUGACACCACCUGGUAUUGUGAAACUUCAGAGAUGAUUGGCAAAAUUUGUGUUCUAAAUAUUGUAACCGUUCUGUAAAAUGUUAGUUACGUCUGGUUAUAUGCAAACAGAUUAGAUUUUACCCUGAAAUAAUUUCCCGAGUUCAAUGCUACCCAGUUGGAAAACUAACAAUGGGCAGAAACACUAUUAUAAACCACAUUUCUAAUAUAGCAGGGCAUCUUAAACAAUACCCUCAAAUAAAAAGUGACAUUGUACUUUUUCCUCCAUAUUUAUAGUUUACACACCUGGCACCACCUCUGUUGUGUUGUUUCCUAUAGACCCUAAAUAUAUUUAGAUUAAUUGAACAAUUGCUUAAUUCUAUUUAGCCUUUUUCCACUCGUUAACUUCACUAUAUACAGUGCCUUGGAAAGUAUUCAGACCCCUUGACCUUUCCCACAUUUUGUUAGGUUACAGCCUUAUUCUAAAAUGGAUUGGUAUCCAUUUUAGAAUAAGACCGUAAUGUGGGAAAAGUAGAGGGGUCUGAAUGCACUGUAGGUGAUUUGGUGGUCAACACCAGAUUCUAUAAAAUCACCAUUAUUGUACUAACUAAGCUGGCUAGUGAUGUGUAGGGUCCAGUGAUUUGUGGACAUCUAUCAGCUUUGCCUUUCUCCCAGUGGCAUUUAAUGCCUCCAUGGAAUUUACGGUGAGUUCCAAAAGUAUUGGGACAGUUACACAUGUUGUGUUGUUUUAGCUCUGUACUCCAGCACUUUCAAUUUGGAGUGAUACAAUGACUAUGAGGUUAAAGUGCAGACUGUCAGCUUUAAUUUGAGGGUAUUUACAUUCAUAUCAGGUGAACUUUUUAGACAUUGCAGCACGUUUUGUACAUAGUACCCCCAUUUAAGGGACCAAAAGUAUUGGGACAAAUUCACUUACACUGAGUGUAUAAAACAUGAAGGACCUGUUCCUAAUAUUGAGUUACUCUGGAGGAGCUGAGAACUCACUGCCAUCCAAUGAAACAGUAAAGAACUCCUCAGCCAAGACAACGAAGAUGUACAUCUGUGUUCCACCAAAGGGAACAUGAAAGACCAUAAACGUGUUCACACAGAGGAAAAGCUGUUUCAUUGCGACCAGUGUGAGAAGAAAUGUAAAAAUCAAAUGGUACUCUAAUACUGCACCAAAGUGUCCACACAGGAGAAAGACCAUAUAUUCUUUGCUCAUGUUUUGGCAGGGGGUUUAUGACAUCUGGGACCUUUAACUUCCCUUAUACUUACUCAUACUGGGGAGAGACCAUUCACCUGUUCUAUAUGUGGGAGGAGAUUUAUCCAACAGCAAUUACUAACACACCACCUCAGGAUGCAUACAGGUGAGAAAUCAUACUUACUGUAUGUAGCGUUUGUGGAAAUACAUUUUAUUCCUCAGGGGCCUUGUUGGUACACUCAUGAACACACAUGGGUAAAUGCCCCCACAGAUGUCAACUUUGUGGGAAGAUGUUUAGAAUGUAUUGGAUACUCAUGUUGCAGCGAAGGACUCACAGACGAGCUCCCAUUCCCCUGCUCUCAUUGUGAAAAACGCUUUAUCUCAAAAGCGCCCUUAGAUGACAUGCUUAUUCAUACUGGAGAGAAACCUCAUCCGUGUCUAUGUGGGAGGCGGUUUAAUUUGAGAAUCCAUAAAUAAAACUCAUAGUUCAGGUA